AUGAAGGAAUGCGCUAUAGAUGUUAAACCCAGCAACGUAUUAGUGAACUAUGGUCAAGGCGAAUCUCGAUUUACCGAUGUUCAGUUGGCAGAUUUUGGAAGCACUGUUCACGAGAAUUCUAUUCAUGCCCAACGUGGUGACCCUAUCGGUACUCCUAUUUUCAGGAGCCCUGAAGCACAACUUGAAAUGAAAUGGGGUACUGCAACGGACAUUUGGUCGUUUGGUGCAAUGGCAAGUGUUAUCAGUCUCAUAUACGGUGAAGGCUUCCAUAUUUUCAAGCCAGAUGUCCCUCUAGGUCAUGAUGAAUACGAUGUCAAAAUCCUCCUGAAACACCAUAGAUGCUUUGGUCCGUUUCCAGAGCCAUACGAAGAAAUUGCGGAUCAACAAAGAUUGGGUAUUCUUACGUGGGUUAUGCAAAACAGUCCUGCCGAGACCCUAAGACCAUUCCAUCUUACAACCAGCAAGGAAAUUUGUCAAGACGAUAAGGAAUUUGUGCCAAAGAUAAUGCGGCUAGACCCUCGAGACAGGCCGUCAGCGGGACAGCUCUUGGAACAUCAGUGGUUUCAUCGGUCUCAAAUUCAGUUUCCAUGUAAACUCGGUGCUUAA